GAUACGAAAGCUGGAGGGAGCUGGCUAAGGCUCUGGCAGACACGAAUGCCCCAGGUGGGGACCCAAGCCUUCAGUUUCACUAUCUGCAGAAGCUGGGACAACAGUUCCAGGGCCAGGCCAAUCUGCACGUGUUUGAGGACUGGUGUGGCAGCUCCAUCGAGCAACUCAGGAAGAACCUCCACUUCCCCCUCUUCCCUCACACACGAACUACACUGAAGAAGCUGGCUGUGUCCCCAAAAUGGACCAACUAUGGUCUCCGGAUAUUUGGCUAUCUACAUCCUUUCACUGAUGGGGAUUUCCAGUUUGCCAUUGCUGCAGAUGACAAUGCUGAGUUCUGGCUGAGUCCAGAUGAAAAGACCUCUGGUCUCCAGCUGCUGGCCAGCGUAGGCAAGACAGGGAAGGAGUGGACUGCGCCAGGGGAGUUUGGAAAAUUUCGGAGUCAGCAGUCAAAGACGGUGAGGUUGUCAGCUGCAGGCAGGUACUAUUUUGAGGUGCUGCACAAGCAGGAUGACAGAGGAACAGACCAUGUGGAAGUAGCAUGGAGACGGAAUGACCCAGAAGCGAAGUUCAAAGUCAUUGACUCCCAAUACCUCUCCCUUUUUGCUAAUGAGACACUUUUGAAGAUGGAUGAGGUUGGGCAUAUCCCGCAGACGUUAGCCAGUCAAACGAACCAGCCUGUUGACACUGCAGGCAGCAAGGCACACCCAGCUGACAUGCUGAAGCCUGACCCCCGGGACACUCUUUACAAAGUGCCUCUGCUCAGCAAGUCUCGUGUGCGCAGAGCCUUGCCAGACUGCCCGUACAAGCCCAGUUACCUGGUGAAUGGAUUUCCUCUGCAGCGCUACCAGGGACUCCAGUUUGUUCAUUUAUCCUUUGUUUACCCAAACGAUUACAGCCGCCUGAGCCACAUGGAGAAAGACAACAAAUGCUUCUAUCAGGAAAACCCUUAUUACUUGGAAAGAUUUGGGUUCUACAAGUACAUGAAAAUGGACCUUCCAGAGAAGAACCUGGACUCUGGAGAAAACACAGAGCAGCCAGGCUCCCAGGAGGGGAACCUGGAUGGUCUGCAGUACGCGGAGCAGGAUGCAGAGAGCACCAGCCCCCCCAAGCACCCGGGCACAAGGAGGGCAGAACCGGCAGGCAAUGCUCCCAGCAGCGUGGUGGGCAAUAACGUUCAUGAGGACUAUUCCCUCCGGGAACAUCGUCGACUCCUCUCAGUGACAGGUGGUGACAUAGGAGAGGGGCUACAGACUGUGUCUCAAAGGCAGCAGCCUCUUGGCAGCUCCAGGGACUCAGGGGUCACGAUCCCCAAAGAGGGGAGACCUCAAGGAGACCUCAGCACCGCUAAGGACAUGCUGCAGCCAGCAGGCACCGUGCGAGCCGGGAAAGGAAGCCCAGUCUCUGGCAAAGCCAGCAGACGUGCUGUGGGCACUGCAAGCUCCAGCCAGCCCCCUGGGCUGCGGCAGUGGCUGAACAAAGUGGAGUCCUACAUUGCUGAGCAAAAGGCAGCCAAUGGUGGGGGCGUGGGCGAGGGAGAGGCACAGGUGGCAUCUCCUGUGAAGGUCAAGUCUGGACCUGUGGCAGCAGAAGAGGAAGAGGAAGAAGAAGAGGCGAAUGGGGAGCCAGAGGAGGAAGAUGAGGAGGAUUUUGAUUACGUGCCAGUGUUCGACCAGGCGGUGAACUGGGAGCAGACCUUCAGCACGAGCAACCUGGACUUCCAUAUGCUGCGCACAGACUGGAUUGACCUGAAAUGCAACACAUCAGGAAACUUGCUGCUAAGAGAAAGGGAGGCCCUGGAAGUCACACGUGUCUUCCUCAAGAAGCUCAACCAGAGGAGUAAAGGGCGGUUCCAGCUGCAGCGUAUCGUGAAUGUGGGGAAACGCCAGGACCGCAUGCGGGGCAGCCGCUACCUGCUGGAGCUGGAGCUGCUGGAGCAAGGAGAGCAGCUCAUCCGCUUCUCCGAGUACGUCUUUGCGCGGGACUGGCAGGGCAUUGGCGGCGAUGAGGAGGAGGAGAGGAAGAUGAGGAACUUGGCGUGGGGUCACCGGCGGCACCUGAUGGCUGUGGCGAACGAGCCAGAGCUGUGCUGGCCCCAGGGCUUUUCCUGGAAUCACCGUGCUGUGGUUCACUUUGUGGUGCCAGUGAAAAACCAGGCACGUUGGGUGCUGCAGUUCAUCUCUGACAUGGAAGAGCUGUUUCGAGUCACUAAGGAUCCGUACUUCAACAUCAUUAUCACGGACUACAGCAGCGAUGACAUGGAUGUAGAGAAGGCUCUGAAAAGGUCUAGCUUGCACAGCUAUCGGUACUUGAAGCUGACAGGGAAUUUUGAGCGUUCUGCUGGGCUGCAGGCGGGGAUAGACCUCGUGACGGACCCACACAGCAUCAUUUUCCUGUGUGACCUCCACAUCCACUUCCCAGCUGGAGUCAUUGAUUCAAUCCGGAAGCACUGCGUGGAAGGCAAGAUGGCCUUUGCACCCAUGGUCAUGAGGCUGCACUGUGGCAUGUCCCCACAGUGGCCUGAUGGCUACUGGGAGGUGAAUGGGUUUGGUCUCCUGGGCAUAUACAAGUCUGACCUGGACAAGAUCGGAGGCAUGAACACAAAAGAGUUUCGGGACCGCUGGGGAGGAGAAGACUGGGAACUCCUGGACAGGAUCUUGCAGGCCGGGCUGGAAGUUGAGCGUCUCUCCCUGAGAAACUUUUUCCACUGGUUUCACUCGAAGCGAGGCAUGUGGAACCGGCGCCAGCUGAAGACACUGUAGCCUUCAACCCCAGAGCUGCUCGGCAGCACCAUCCACCGUCUCAUCUCAACAUGCACUUUAUCAAGGCACACAGCCGAGCACACAAACUCUUCCUCUGCCUCCAGAGCAGCACAGCCGAGGAAGGGACAGUCAGGCUACGGGCGCAGGAGCUUCUGUUGUGAGCUGUUGUAUCCAAGACAUGGGAUCCUUGUCUUGCUCGAAAGGCAUGAGGGGGAGAUGUUGACAAGUGAAGGAUUCGUAUUUCCUGCCAUGCAGUUUGGUGGAUGGUACAGUGGGAGAGGUGCCAUAUUUCCUGUUGAGUCUUGUGUGGUGCAAACCAAACAAACACAAAUCCCAGCUAAGCCCAGAAUGGUUUAUUUAGAGUAAGGGAGCUUCACUUUCAAUACUUG